AUGGAAAGGGAGCAUGCAAACUACGCGGAGCUUGCAAGUGGAGACGAUGAUCAGAUCACAGUGACGAAGGAGAACGAACAAGAGGACGACGAUGAGGACGCCCAAGACACACCCUUUCACACCAUCGGGGCUGGUUCAGGUCACUUCUUGCACAUUUACACGCAAAUCCUUGCGUCGUGUCAAUGCUUCUUCUCCCUUCGGAUGCUCGGGACCAGAACAGGAUACCCGAGCUCCUCCGGCGCUGCCGGCCUCGACCAUACUACCCUCGUCGCAGACGCCGCUUCUGAUUCUGCUUCUGUUUCUGCCUCGAUCCUUGACCCUCGACCUUCACUGCUGCUGCUGCUGCUGCUGCAACACGAUACACUAUUAUCAUGGGCCCGGAGAGCCACCUCCCAGGCGACCAUGUUCUCCUCCUGGCUGAAUGGCCUCCUCUUCUUCGUCCCCAUCGGCCUAUGGGCCUUCCUGACCGACAAGCCGCCCCUCGUCGUCUUUGCGGCCAACGGCGUGGCCAUCGUGCCGCUGUCGUCGCUGCUCACGGGCGCCACCGAGAUGAUUGCCGAGGACGCCGGCGACACGGUCGGGGCGCUGCUGAACAUAACGCUGGGUAACCUCGUGGAGCUUAUUCUGUUCGUUGCGCUCAAGCACAAGCAGGUCCACGUCGUCCAGGCCUCGAUCCUCGGCUCGAUGCUCGUCAACUUGCUCCCGAUCCUCGGCACCGCUCUUUGCGUCAACGGCCUGAGACAGGAAGAUCCUGUGCUGAACGUCGUAGAGACGCAGCUCCUCAGCUGCCUCCUGCUGGUAUCCGUCUUCGUGCUUCUGGUACCGGCCGCCUUCAAUUCCACAUUUGACGGGGCCGAAGGGGCGAGUUCCGCGAUGCUGCGAAUGAGCAGAGCAUCAGCCAUAGUGGUUCUCCUCAUCUAUGUUCUCUAUUUCGUCCAUGAGCUGAGUGCACACACCGCGCCGAGCUCGUAUGAUCCCCCAAUGUCCGACAUCGAGCGAUGUCCUCCGGCAUUCCAGCGGACCAUCUUGCUGGAUCCUCCCGCUCUUUCAUCCCGCACCAUCCGCUUCGUGGACGAAGAGAGUCGGCGACAGAACCGAGCUACGGCAGGCGACGGCUUGGCCCAGAUCGAGCUCGGGAACAUCGACGCCUCGACCUCCAACCUCGCCUCUGACGACGACGACGAGACUUCCGAGGCCUUGCGACGAGGUCGUAAGGCCCAGAAGCUGAGUAGCUGUAGCAGCAGAUCGAGCUCGUGUGACGACGUGGUGUGCUCCCGCAACCACUCCCUUUCUCGGUCUCGAUCAGUCACCGCUUCCACACGAGGCCGCCGCAGCCGGGACCACUCAACGGUGAGCACCGACCGCCAUAGCCUGCUGAGGCCGCCGGGUCUGGCGGGUCUGCGGAUCUUGCGGAGCGGCGGAACAAGCCUCGGCAACCCCGACAUCGAACGCGCAACCCCCCGUCGAUCGAAUGGCGAAAAGGCCCUCUCCAUCCUGGUGCUCAUGAUCAGUUCGGCCCUGAUGUCCAUGUGCGCCGAGUUUCUCGUCGGCACCAUCGACGAAGUCACGCACCAGGGCCACCUGUCCGAGUCCUUCAUCGGCCUCAUCAUCCUCCCCGUCGUCGGCAACGUCGCCGAGUUCGUCACCGUCGUCACCGUCGCCCACAGGGACAAGAUCGACCUUGCCGUCGCCGUCGCCGUCGGCUCGUCCGUCCAGAUCGCCCUCUGCGUUGCGCCCCUGACCAUCAUCGCGGCGUGGAUCAUGAGGAGAGGACUGUCCCUCAGUUUCAGCCUGUUCGAGGCCACCGCGUUAGUUGGCGCGGCCGUCCUCGUCAUCUUCUUCUUCCUCAGCGACGGAAGUAGUGUGUUGCGGAUGAGUCGCUUCAAGGGGGCCCUGAUGUGCGCAUGCUAUGUCAUCGUCGGGUGA